CAGAUGGUCAGUGACUCACUGAGGGCAACUCAGUGGAAACUCAGUGUUUUUAUUUUUGCUUAUUUCAGUCGGUUGUUUUUAAUGUCAGGUGUCAGACGCCCAUGUUUGUGAAGAUGAGAUCAGCCAUACUUUCUUCUCUUUUGCUGCUACAUCUUGUCUCCUAUUCUGUAACGUGGCGUUCAUCACAAAAUGAUCCACAAUCCACAAACCCACAGAUCGAACAAAUAGAGCAGACCCUAGAAAUACCACAAUUCACCGCCCAACACCCCCCUUCUGUGGCCACCACCCCUGUGGUCACCACCCCUGUGGUCACCACCCCUGUGGCCACCACCCCUGUGGUCACCACCCCUGUGGCCACCACUCCUACUCCUGCAAUGCCUAAAGAACCUCUGACAGAUGACUUUCUGGGUCCACCUGAGUGUCUGAAACAGAAGUUGACACGUGCAUCAUGUAACCUGGUGUUUUGUCUUCCGUGGGAGCGCUGUAUUGAAGGGCGGUGCAGUUGUAAACCACCUUAUCUGUGUCCGAUAAACAACGUAAGCCCAGUCUGUGGCCAUGACAACAGAAACUAUCGGUCCUACUGCCAGGUGAUGGCUUUGUCCUGUCGGAUUAAAACACCCGUCAUGUCUCAUUUUGGGAAAACUUGCAGAGCUAAUGACCCAAAGUUCAGCGUUUCAGUAGACGCAGACACACAUGUGGUCAUGGUCAGUAUUCCUGAUCCUCAGAACGCCGAGGGAACGCAGAAGAUGUUACUGGUUUGUGGGAAGCAGUGGGACAUGGCAGCUGCUAACGUGGCCUGUAAACACCAUGGGCACGGAUAUGCACUUGGAGCCGUGUCUGCAGACUCAGUACCUUAUAAAACCCUGAACAUCGACGACAGACAGGAGUUUCCAAACAGCUGUGUUAGCGUACACUGCCAAGGAUACGAGACUUCUCUGGCCGAGUGUGUGAUCUACGACACUGUCGCCAUUGAUGGCGACAUGAAGGUUGCCACAGCAACCUGUUAUGAUGACUCUACCGCACCAAAAGACUGUGACUUCACGUGCACUAAUGGGAAGUGUGUGUCACUGAGCCAGACGUGUGACGGUGUUGACGACUGUGGCGACCGCAGCGAUGAAAUGUGUUGUAAAAAUUGCAGGAACGGUGCUUUCCGCUGUAAGACGGGCGUAUGUGUGCAUAAAGAAGCAGUGGGAGACAAACAGAUGGACUGUCUGGAUGGUGCAGACGAAGCAGAAAGACACGAACAGCCAGAGGAAACCCAUCAUCCACUGAACAACACAGAGUUCAUCUCACCGAAAAAUGAAACUCGGGCCAGUAGAGCUGAUCUGGAGUCCAAAUUGUUCUGUGGGAUUCCAAACCCAAACACGGUGGAUGACGACGAAAUGGAAGUGAGAGGAAGAACAAACGGCCGAGUGAAGCGAGUAGUGGGAGGAGUCAGAGCCAAACCGACUCAGAUUCAGUGGCAGGUUGCUCUGGAGGAGUACAAGCACAUUGACUGUGGAGGAGCGUAUAUAGGAGGAUGCUGGGUAAUAACGGCUGCUCACUGUGUCAGGCCAAGGCCUUCUGCGUUUAGGGUCAAGUUUUCUCUCUGGAAGAAGAACAGAGCUCAGGGCACAACUGACAUCGUUCCUGUUGCAGACAUCCGCAUCCAUCCAAAGUACAACGCCAGCACCUAUGAGAACGACAUCGCUCUGGUGCAGCUGCAGACGCUUCCGUUUCAGCAGAAAUGCCUACAGGACAACCCGGCUGUGAGGGCGGUGUGUGUGCCCUGGACCACUGAACUGUUCCAGCCCCACCACACCUGCAGCAUCUCAGGGUGGGGGCGAAACGAAGAGGGCAGAUCAGCUCAGGUGUUACUGUGGGCCAACGUCUCCCUCAUCCCCAAAUGUGAACGGUUUUACGGAGACCGCAUCAGACCAGGCAUGAUGUGUGCAGGUGACUUAGACGGCAGUGUGGACUCGUGUCAGGGGGACAGCGGGGGUCCUUUGGUUUGUGAGGAUGAACUCGGGGUCUCCUACCUCUGGGGCAUCGUCAGCUGGGGUGAGAGGUGUGGUCAAGCAGGAUUCCCAGGAGUCUACACUCAGGUUGCUCAUUACUUCGAGUGGAUCCGACUCCACACAGGCUGGUCCGAAGUCACCAAGUUUAACUCCUGAUCAAACCAACACACACUAAACCCACUGCUGAAGGGCUCAAGUCUGUUUUUUGAGACGUUUCAUCGUUUUACUGUGAAUAAAACAUGUAGAAAUAUAGA